UGCGUCCUCACCUCACCAGUCACAGACUCCAAUUCUGCUCCAACUCCUUCAACUCCUUCUUCUUCUCGCUAGGAGAACUAGGAGAAGACCGCGCGAUCCGCGACGCGACAGAGAUUGACAUUUACCUUUUUGCCAUCGCGCGUGAACCGAGUACGUACACCCGGUACACCGUACACCGUCUCUCGCAUCCUCCAAGACAGCAUUCAUUUCCUAAUAUAGAGAUUCGGGACACGGUGAACAAAAGUACAACAUUGCCAUGGUUCGCGUGAUUAGUCAAGAAACCUAUGAUGAAGUCGUUAACGAGAAUAUGGAACAAUUCUCGAUGACUCCCGAGGAAGCCAUCGGAGACGCGGUAAAACAAUUCGAAGCACAGGGUGUAGACUUGAGUAACAUUAUUAAGGAUUUAAUUCUGAACGAUGACAAUGAAUUAAUUACAUCUUGUUUGAAUCAAAUUAACAUUGCCUUAGAAGAAAAGAAUUAUGGAAGCAUUCAUCACGUCUUAGACAAAUUAACAAAACAACUAGACAAGGAUAUUUCACGCAGAGUGUAUGCAGGAAAAAAGGGGGCAUAUAAAACUUUGAUCAAAUUAAUGAAAGCUUGUAUCAAUAAUACCACAAUAAUAAAGGCGGCACUGAGAACUAUUAGUUCAUUGAUGAAUGGUAAUCCGGAUUUACUGGAUGAUGAGGGAAUUGCCUUGCAAAUAGAAAUUCUAGACAGUUGUCCGGACAUUCCAACGUUACAGUGUCUUUUGAGGUGGAUAAGGGAAUGUUGUAUAAAACACGAGCUCAAUAGACAGGGUAUUUUUAAUGCAGAUAUAUUUAACAAAUUGAAGAAAAUAUUGGUCAGGGACAAUGCAUCAGGACCUGAAAUAAGAGAUGCUUGCGCUGUGAUCCGAGCCUUGGUGUUAGAUGAUGAUAUCAGGCACGAAUAUGGGAAAGCUCAUGAGCAUGCGAGUGUAAUUGCAAAAGGGGCACUCAACGUUCUCACCGGUUUAAUGCCAAGGUAUAGAAAAGACAAAGGGGUCGUGGGCGAUUUGAUGAUAACUUUAGCUGCGUUGAUCGUGAGGAACGAGUUUUGUCAGGAGGUAGAAGAUGCCGGUGGGUUGAAGUUCGUCGUAGACGUAAUGAUCGAAUACCCGGAUUCGGAGAAAUUGAACUGGCAAUCUCUAAAGUUAUUGAAAGCUCUCGCUGGAAAUGACAAUGUAAAAUCGGACAUCAUAACUUCCGGCUGUGGGCCUAUAAUCGUCUCCGCGAUAAGUAGACUUAGAGAAUCUGAGUGUGUAGUGACUGCUGGACUUGCAUGCAUAUCCGCAUUAACACUGAGAUGCUCCUCGAACGCUGGCGUGUUUUACGAUUGCGGAGCGCCGCUUGUAAUCAUUGACGCAAUGAAGGCUUACCCUAAAAGCUUGAGUGUUUUGAAACAAGCUGCUUGGGCCAUACGAAAUAUGUCUGUUAGAAAUAAGAUGGAAUGCUCAGAGUUUAUUGCUCAUGGUGUAGAGGAUGUCUUGGCGAGAGCCCUUAAACUACACGGUUCUAAGAUCGAGAGUGACGUGAAAGCGGCUCUGAGAGACCUAGGACUAAAAGUGGAAUUGAAAGAACAGUGGACCGGAAAAGGUGUAUCCUUGAACAACGGAAUCGACUAAUCCGCACAUUAAUUCGUUUUCACUAAUGCUCCGUACGUUUCUAUAUGUAUGUUGCUUUAAAAUGAAAAAGCAAAUAAAUAUCGUAAACAGUU